AUGCCUCAAGCACAGCCUGAAUUGAAGAAGUAUAUGGAAAAGCGGGUAUUCUGCCAACUGAACGGCAACCGCAAAGUCAUCGGCAUCCUGCGAGGCUACGAUGUCUUCAUGAACGUUGUGCUGGAUGAGGCCUUUGAAGAGAAGCAGGGCGGGGAGAAAGUCGCAAUCGGCAUGGUGGUGAUUCGAGGCAACUCGAUCGUGAUGCUCGAGGCUUUGGAGCGAAUAAGCGAUAAAUAAAAAAAAAGAGUACAUCUGACUUUUGUACGAAUGGAC